AUGUUAAGCCGUGCAGUUCUGCCUCUCUUGAGGCCACGACCGUGCCGGCCUCUGGUUGCGCAUGCUCUUUCACCAGUACGAGCCUACAGCCGCACUCAGGGCAUUAAAGGCCCUGACUACAAACCUCCCACCAAUUCGCAACCGGAAUCAUCGAAAGAGCCUCUUCGGAAGGUCCCUCUAAGUCCGGCAAACCCUGCAGCCCAAGAUGACCAACCCCUAGAGAGCCCCCCUUUCGGAGUUGACCCCAGUCGAGAUCUGGACGAUGUUUCUGGCUCAGUGUCGAAGGCGACCAGAAGGUCAAUGAGGGAUCGGCAGAGGCAGAAUGCCGGUGCCCGGGAGACACAAUCUGAGCAAGAGACCACCGAUGCUCAGUCUGAGCCAGAGCUACAGCCUCAGAAUCCUCUACCCGAUCUGAGACAGGGGAUCCCAUCAACCUUGGAUGCGGAAUUGAGCCGAGCCGAGCAGAGUUCGCAAUCUCACGCACGGAAGUCCAGUCUCAACGUCACCGAAGAACCGGACGAGCCAACGCCUGCUGAUGAAGGUGACCGAGGCCGGGGUGACAUCCCUCGCCAGCAAUACGUAUCAUCAAGUGACCGGAAGAAGAAUGCGGCUUUUCGAUACAUGUAUAUAGCAUUAGGUCUGGGCGCCGUCGGUUACUCCGUUUACUUGGGCCGCAACUGGGAAAAUGAAGAGGAGGAGAAGAAGCACGCUGAUGCACCAUCCGGCUGGCAGUUGGGACUCUUCUGGAACAGAAUUCAAGCCCGUCUUGGCUCUACCAUGAGCUACUACCGAGAUCCGGUAACCACCAAACUACUGCCUGAUGAAGAUCCAGACCCGAACAUGCGAUUCCCCUUCACCCUUGUCCUCAGUUUGGAAGAUAUGUUGGUACAUUCUGAGUGGUCACGAGAGCACGGUUGGCGCGUCGCCAAACGACCAGGAGUGGACUACUUCUUGCGAUAUCUCGGCAGCUACUACGAAAUUGUGCUGUUUACCAGUCAGCCCAUGGCUGUGGUGGAAGGGCUGCUAAGGAAGUUGGAUCCAUAUUCUACGAUCCGAUGGCCGCUAUUCCGCGAAGCCACGGUGUACAAAGAUGGCCACCAUGUCAAGGAUCUCUCGUACCUCAACCGUGACCUCAAGAAGGUCUUGAUCAUGGACACCGAUCCAAACCAUGUCCAAAAUCAACCUGAGAACGCUAUCAUCCUACCCAAGUGGAAGGGGGACCCGAACGACCAGACUCUGAUCCAGUUCAUUCCGUUCCUGGAGUAUCUGGCUACGAUGGGAUUCGAGGACGCAAGAGAGGUGCUUAAGUCUUUUGAAGGCAAGUAUAUCCCAGCAGAGUUCGCGAGGCGGGAGAAGCUGCUUCGUGAAAAAUUCGAGAAGCAAGAAGCAGAAAAGAGAGGACACAAGUCCAAGAAGAGUCUGGGCAGCCUAGCUUCCUUCCUAGGAUUAUCCAAGCCCCAUGAGGAAGAGAGCCUCGGAGAAGGAAAGAUGCUUUGGGAUCAAAUCCGCGAACGGGGGCAGCGACAAUACAUGGAGUUCGAGAAAAAGAUCAAGGAAGAAGGUGAAAAAUGGUUGGCUGAACGAGACGCCGAGGAGAAGAGAAUGCAGGAAGAGGCCAUGAAGAACAUGAAGCUCGGCGGAUGGUUCUCUGGGGUUGUGGGAGGUGGUGACAAGCCCGCAGAGAAGAAGUGA